AUCUCAAAUCUUUAAACCUCGAUAUCUGAUUUCCAUGAACAUGCCUUCGUUUUAAGGGAGGGGUGGAGAACUUUGUUUCUCUCCUUUCCUUCCAGGCGGCGCCCCCGCCUGGUUACUUGUUUCAGCUACUAGGUUCACUCUGGUCGGAAUUGCUGCUACUCCGCGGCAAAGACCAAUUAAUAUUGAACAAGAAGAAGAAGAAGUGCAUUCGAGUCAUAUGUUUAAUUUUUAGUAUAUCAAUUUAUUAUUUCAUCAUGCCUGCUAUAAACAGAAUUACAAAGCCAACUACACAUAAGGGUAAGAAAGCUAUAUUGAAGAAGGAGCCUAAGUUAAUAGAAAAUGCUAAAGAAGCUUUAUGUCUCAAGGGUAAUCGCAUAUCGCAAAUCGUUACAGAUAUUAUGAAGGAUUUGUAUGAUUUGAAGAAACCUAAUGUACAAAUGAUGAAACAGAAAAAUGACAUACUGCCAUUUGAGAAUAUUACACCUAUUGAAAAAUUUGCUCUUAAGUAUGACGCAUCUCUUUUCAUGAUAGCUACUCAUAAUAAGAAACGUCCACACAAUCUUAUAAUGGGUCGAAUGUAUGAACAUAUGUUAUUAGACAUGAUAGAAUUUGGCAUAGACAAUUAUAAAGGAUUGAAAGACUUCAAAGUUGAAAAGAUCACUUCAGGAAUAAAACCAUUGUUGAUAUUUAAUGGUGAACUCUUUGAAAGUAAUUAUGAGUAUGGAAGAAUCAAAAACUUACUCAUUGACAUGUUUCUUAGAGAAGAGGUUCAAAAGAUCAGAUUGCAAGGUCUUGAACAUGUUUUAAGUUUCACAGCUGUCGAGAAUAAAAUACUUCUGCGCAGUUAUAGGAUACUUUUAAAAAAAUCUAACACGAGAACACCUAGAAUAGAACUCGUGGAAAUAGGACCACGUGCUGAUUUAGUAUGCAGGCGUAACAAGUUUGCCUCUGAAGAUUUAUUCAAUCGAGCUUGUCGGAAACCUAACGCACUCAAGGCAAAGACGAAAAAGAAUAUUUCUAAAGAUACAUUUGGUACAACGUAUGGCCGUAUACAUAUUGGCGCACAAAAUAUUAUCGGCAUUCAGACAAGGAAGAUGAAAGGCUUAAAAAAAACAUUACCGGAAAAAAAUACCUAAAAGAAAAAAAUUGCUGAUGAUAAUAACAACUGCGCAAAGAAAUUAAAAGAAACUAAUGAUUGAGAGAUUGAUCGAUUUGGGUAUUUACAAUAUAAAUGGAAAGAAUGAAUUUUAAUAUAUUUUUAUUUUUUUUUAAUAUGAUUAUUGUUUUCAACUCCAGUUGGUAUCAUUUUUCUGAUUCUGCAAUCAAUGAUAAUAUAGGUCUCAUAUGUAAUCAUUAUUUUAAAACAUGAUUAUAAAAUUUUUACCUUUACCGUAAUCCUAGAAGUAGAUAAACAUUUUCGUACGUUGUCACAUUCUUUUAAUAAAAUUGUAUCCUUUGGA